GUAAUUUAUUCAUCGCAAUGCAGAAAUUAUCAAAUCAAAGCUCUGAAUUUCAAUCACCAACAGUCCAACACCAAACGCUUUAUCGUUUCGUAACAGCAGCCGAUUUCUCUCUGUACUUGUAAAUGUGAUCGAGUAUCAUCAUUCCCGUAGAAUCUGCAUCGUUUUAGGUUUUCAUGGUACGAUUUUCGCGUAGGAACUGGUAUUUUCUAGAAGAAGACUACGAUCGGCCGUCUGAAUGCCGUGGCUUGAACGAGACUGCUCAUGGCCUCAUUAUUCCUGGAACAUUUAUGAACUGUGUUCUCACUUUGCACCUUAUGGUGGAAUUACUGCAAUGGCGAUAAGGAUUGAGGCUGCUUAUCCAAGGGUAAAUUCACUCUCUCUUUCUAAUCAUUGGGGCAAUCAACUGCAAUGCCAAGCCUCCUACUUGAGAAAUGCUCUAUUCAAUCAGGGAUAUCUUGAUGAGCAGUUCCUUCAAUUGGAAGAAUUGCAAGAUGAAGCUAACCCUAACUUUGUAGAAGAAGUGGUCAAGCUAUUUUACACAGACUCAGCCCGCCUUAUUCGAAACAUAGAACUGACACUAGAAAAUACUCCCUGGGACUUCGAAAAACUGGAUAAUAUUAUGCAUCAAUACCAGGGCAGCAGCUCUAGCAUUGGAGCUAAAAAAGUCAAGAAGGAAUGCACACAAUUUCAAGAAUACUGCAAAGUAGAGAAUAUUGAUGGGUGCGUGAGAACAUUCAAAGAGGUAAAACAAGAGCAUGCAACCCUCAAGAGGAAGCUUGAGAACUAUUUUCAGCUUGCAAGAGAAGCUCGUUAACUCGCCUACGUCAAAGCCACAAUGCGGAGGAAUGAUGGUGAUGCCAAAUAAGUGAACGUUACUAGUAGAAUGAAAAACUGUUGACUAUAUAUGUAAAUGUUUGUACUUUCUUAGAAUGAAAUAACUUUUCACUGAAUAAGUAAAAUGUUACUAUCAGUAGAAUGGAAAUAACUUUUGACCAGGUGAAUACGGAUGAUCAGUUUCCGUACA